UAUCCCUACGCAGCGCGUCUUGUUUGGGGGAGGGGGGAGGGAAUCGGCAUUAGAGGAAGAAGGGAGAUCGGCCGAGGCGGCGGUGGGAGAAGAGAGUGGGGACACGGCGGGAUCGCAGCCCGUCUGACUCAGGCCCGGGAGGGGCGCGCGGUUGGGUCCGACUCCGCCAUGAAGAAUCGGGACAAAGAGGGGGCCGCUUCGAAGCUGCCGGCCAGCCCCGCCAAAGCCAAAGCCCGGGCGGGGCCUCAGGAAGCCGGGGCAGCCCCCGCCCCGAAGCCGGACGGCGCCCCGGAGCCCAAGAGCCAGGGGGCAUCCGGCGCCCCCGCCCCCAGGGCGGGCGGGCCUGCCGAAGGGCCCAAGAGCCAAGCCCAGGACAAGAGCGACGGGGGGCAAACCAAGAAUUCUCAGUCAGGGCCAGUUUGUGAUGUCUCCGAGGAGCUGAGUCGGCAGUUGGAAGACAUACUGAAUACCUACUGUGUUGAUAGUAGUCAGGAGGGACCAGGUGAUGAUGGGGGCCAGAAUGAACACACAGAGCCAGAUGAGAUGGAGAAGAAUAGGAAUUAUUCUGCACGGAAUGGAGAACCAGAACCAGGGACCCCCGUAGUCAAUGGAGUGAAGGAAACUUCCAAGGGAGAGCCAGGUGUUGAAGAGAUUCGGGCAAAUGAUGAGUGUGGAGAUCGAGACCAGAAGCGGGUCCAGGAAAAAAAGAAGGCCAAAGGCCUGGGGAAGGAGAUCACUCUGCUGAUGCAGACCCUGAACACCCUUAGCACCCCAGAAGAGAAGUUGGCUGCAUUAUGCAAGAAAUAUGCUGAACUGCUGGAGGAACACCGCAAUUCCCAGAAACAGAUGAAAGUCCUGCAGAAGAAGCAGAGUCAGCUGGUACAAGAGAAAGAACACCUAAGGAGUGAGCACAGUCGGGCUGUACUGGCCCGCAGUAAGCUGGAAAGCUUGUGUCGGGAGCUUCAGAGACACAACCGGACCCUCAAGGAAGAAGGUGUCCAGCGAGCACGAGAGGAAGAAGAAAAGAGGAAGGAGGUGACCUCCCACUUCCAAGUGACCCUGAAUGACAUCCAACUGCAGAUGGAACAGCAUAAUGAGCGCAACUCAAAGCUGCGCCAGGAGAACAUGGAGCUGGCCGAGCGGCUGAAGAAGCUCAUUGAGCAGUAUGAGCUGCGGGAAGAGCAUAUUGACAAGGUCUUCAAACACAAGGAUCUGCAGCAGCAGCUGGUGGAUGCCAAGCUCCUGCAGGCCCAGGAGAUGCUGAAGGAGGCAGAGGACAGGCAUCAGCGAGAAAAGGAUUUUCUCCUGAAGGAAGCUGUGGAGUCCCAGCGUGUGUGUGAGCUGAUGAAGCAGCAGGAGGCCCACCUGAAGCAGCAGCUUGCACUGUACACAGAGAAGUUUGAGGAGUUCCAGAACACACUGUCCAAGAGCAGCGAAGUGUUCACAACGUUUAAGCAGGAAAUGGAAAAGAUGACCAAAAAGAUCAAGAAGCUGGAGAAAGAGACCACCAUGUACCGAUCCCGGUGGGAGAGCAGCAAUAAGGCACUGCUGGAGAUGGCUGAGGAGAAAACUCUUCGAGACAAGGAGCUGGAGGGCCUGCAAGUGAAAAUUCAACGGCUGGAGAAGCUUUGCCGGGCCCUGCAGAGCGAACGCAACGACCUGAACAAGAAGGUGCAGGACCUGAGUGCCCACCCUCCACCAGGCGAAGCAGACACCCCAGAAUCCCCCAAAGGCCCUCGGAGGGACAGCGGUGCUGAGCCGCUGGUGGAGGGCCUAGGCCCGGAGGCUCCCCGGGCUCUGGGUCCCACAGAGGCUGCCCCCCAGAGCCUAGAACUGAGCCCAAGUGUUUCAGGCCAGAUGGAGACUGAUGAAGCCACCCCUUCUGCUGACUAGAGACCCUGGUGGAGGGAAGACCAGGGAUGGCAGGAGGGGGCUGGUGAAUGUUACAGGCCCCACUGCUAUGUCCCCUCUUGGCUUAGGGGCUGUGGGGAAGAGCUGGGGCCCAUGAGGCAUUUGACACUUUGCGAUUUAGGUUCUUGAAGAUGAUUUUUAUAUAUAUAUGGCAUAUAAAAGUGUGUGCGGUGCCCCAUACUUUUAUAUACAUACAUGUAUAAAACGAUUGCUCGCUUUCCCGUGCUUCAAUGCAUGGGGAGAGACAUGUGUCUACUCUGUGCUUUGGAGGGCUCAGCUGGGGGUGGCGCCUGUGACUGCCCAGUCAUGGCAGCUUAUGUUAUUGGCUGGUCGUCCUUUCCCUCUCCCUCCCAGAUUCGCAGUUCGCCUCGCUCCCAGCUCCCAUGACCGUAACUCACUGGUGUCCCAGUGUAUACACGCACAAGUGCACACGCGCUCUUGCAUCUUGGAUGAGAGGAUGGAGCUCUCCCACAGCACUGUCUUUGUCCCUCUUGUUUCUGUGUUUUCCAGGGGGGAGAGGCAAAAGCACAGAGCCCAUUCAUUUAAAGACCCACCUAGUGGGAGUCUUGUGCCCAAACUAGACCAUGCGUCCCAGUAGCCUUAUGAUUCACAGUUGCCUCUCCCUCCAGCACAAGCAGACUGAAAAGAGGUCGUCCAAAGAGGGUGGUUUGAGGUGGUUUGGGGUGGGGGGUUUGUAUUACUGAGGAAUUGAUAAGGUUGGAAGAGACUAUAGACUGUCUCCCUUCUGACUACAACAAUCCCACUCCUCUUGGCCACAGCUUCGGGCCUGUAACUGAGUCGGUGCAGUGCCUGCCUGUACCUUGUGGAGAGAGAUUGAUGCUUCCCUUUCGUUACCCAGGAUGUGCUUGAAUCACUACAAAAGUUGUAUAGAGCCUCGAGGGCUGCCUCUUGUCCCCAUAGCGGCUCAGCCCCAGAAUCACAGUCCCCCUUCUCUCCCUCCUCCCCAUUUCCAUGGAUUCCUCAGAAUGAUCCUCAGCCAGCACCUGGGAUUACUCCAGUGAAAUUUCUAGCCAGACUCCAACUCUGCCUUCCUUGACUGAGCAGCAAACAUGGGGCCUGCUGCUUGAAGGGUGACUGCCUGGACUUUGGGAGUCUGGGCCGAGAGCUCUGGCUCUGGAUUAGCUUCUACACCAGCCAAGGACAGAAGAGCACCGUUGGGUGAUUACUGGAAAGGGCCAGAGAUCUAUAGCUUGAGAGCCAUCUCCCAUCUAAUGAGCCUGGUGCCAGGGAGUUUUGCCUUCCCUUGUUUUGACCAGGUAGCACGCUUACACUGUCAAUCAUGCCUACUGUGGUGUAGGCAAACCUGUGGGAGGAAAUGGUGCCCCAGGACCAGCCAAGCCCCAGCUGCUGGGUGAUGACUUCUGCAGCCCAGCCUUUUGCCUCAGGGGGACCAGAGGAGCCACACAAACUGCAAGGGUAGAGUAGACUAAGGGGACUGGCUUGGAGGACCUCAACCACCUUGAUUUCUCCACAUCCCUCCUCACCUUUUUCCACAUCACAGAGGCUGUCUCAUGUCUCACCAAGUCUUGUUUGCAGACUAAUCCUAAAUCAUGUUCUCACAGACCUUAUUUCCCAGCAUCAUAGUCUUCCCUUCCCCUUGUGCUCUGACUUCUUUUGGAUGGCUCUGGAUUAGAUUUCCUUCUCGAGGGGAGUCCUAGGCCUCAGAGACCAGACUAGCAUCCAGCUGAAACUUUAUAUGUGUUAUCCCUUGUCUUAGUAGGGCCAGCCUGAAGGUGUGGCAUGGGACACUUGGGUUCUCAGGAGCUGGCAAUGGGACUGGUCAAUGGAUGCAUGUUUGCCCUAGAAGGAAUUUCUGUGGACCCUGACCAAGCACUUGGGUUUCAUUUACAUUUCAGCCUAAGAAGUCUCACCUCUGGGGUAGAAUAGAUGGAUCUGUGUUGCUUCUAUCCCUUUAUUCCUUUUCAGUCUUCCAAGGUGCCCUUUCUUCCUCUGUCCUUUGCCUGCUAGCCCAGAGCUGCCUUCCAAGGCCACACAGGGCUGUCUGGGUAGUUCGUUUGGACUUCUCUCUGCAUAAAGAGGGCACAGAUGGCACUCAUUGCCCAACUCACUUCAGCUACCUCUGAGCUGCUGUAGGCCUGGGACUACAGGAGCAGACUCUAGCCCUCCACAUUGGGUCCCUUUGCUGGGAAAUGAGCUAAUGAGUCCAAAUGCUUCAUCUUGCCACAGACGAUAACUCCUUGGUUCAACACCAGUAAACCCUGUUUAGGAUUCAGUGCUGGAUCUGCUUACCCAGGCAACAAGAGUUAACCACACUAGGGCUUCCUUCACCCUCCUUGGGCCCUUUUAAUUCUUACUUAGCCUUUCUCCCACUAGUGACCAAAUCUCAGAAUUGCUGCUGGUAGCUCUACAAAGCUACAGCCCCCUCCUUUUGGCUCUUAAAGUGGUUGCUUAGCCCUGGGCAGGAAAAGGGAUUUUGUUGCACAAGGAGCCUGGGCAGGUCCCAGUGGACGAGUGAUCCAAAAAGAGUACUGUACCUGGCCCCCUCAGCCUUGGACCCAGAGAGCUCUGAAGCUGGUGGCUUUUGUUUCAGGGAUUCAGCCCCAUGCACACUCCACUUUGGCCUGUGGUUCUCGUCCCAAGAACUUGUCCAGCCCAUUGGACCAUGGCAUUCUGGCGUUAAUUGUCCAUGGGUCAAACUUGGGCAUUUUCUGUAUUGAGUAGCUUAGAAUGGCUCGGUAUGGGGCUGUGAAACACCCCCACCCGGCCAAUGGUACAGCAGGGUAAACAGGGUUUGGGGGAGAAGAGUAAGGGGUUGGCUUCCUGCCUGGUGGGCUGUCCAGGCAGCCUGACCUCAUGGGGUUUGGAAGUUGUAUGCUAACAGCUAAAUUUUUUUUCCUUUUCACAACAGACGGGGUGAUUUUGAUGUAUUUUUAACCACAUUAAAGUCUGUUGCCUUAA